AUGUCCCUCGACUUCCAGAACCUCGGCGUCCCCGACCCAUUCGCCAAUGACACCACCAAGGCUGGUGGUGUCGGCGGAAACGCUUCAACGCAUCUCAUUCAUAUAAGGAAUCAGCAGCGCAAUGGCCGCAAGAGCGUGACGACUGUGCAGGGUCUGCCCAAGACCUUUGACUUAAAGAAGAUGGUUCGAGCCCUCAAGAAGGAGUUCAGUUGCAACGGAACCGUCAUAGAAGACCCGGAACACGGGAGUAUUAUUCAGCUACAAGGGGAUCAACGCCAGGCGGUGAAAGAGUUCCUGGAACGCGAAGGUAUCUGCGGCUCGGAGCAGCUGAGGAUACACGGAGUGUAG